AGAAGAAUACAAUCUUAUAUGUACUGAAGUAGUGCGUAUGUGCUUUGCAGCAAAGCCUUUGCUCCUGCUCUAUGUUCGUGCGGCGAGGAAUUCGAUUGUUUGCCACAGAAGCUGGGAGCAAGACGACAUGGGAUCCUGUUCAAUCCCUUCAGCUAAAUCACCCAUCUCUUGUUCUGCUCGAGAACUGCAAUUCCAGGAAUCAGUUCAAGCAGGUUUUGGCACAGAUCAUGCGUUUCAAUCUCAUUGGCGAUACGUUUCCCAUGAGCCGUCUUCUCUUGUUCUCAGCUAUCACAUAUCCAGAGAACAUCGACUUGGCGAAGCUUCUCUUUCUUAAGUUCACUCCCAACCCCAAUGUAUUUGUUUACAACACGAUGAUCUCUGCUGUUUCGACCUCCAAAAACGAAUGCUUUGGUCUGUAUGGUUCUUUGAUUAGGCACCGUGUUUCUCCGGACAGGCAAACGUUUCUCUACCUCAUGAAAGCUUCGAGCUUUCUGUCGGAAGUGAAGCAGAUCCAUUGCCACAUCAUUGUUUCUGGGUGUUUCUCUCUUGGGAAUUACCUGUGGAAUUCUCUGGUUAAGUUGUACAUGGAGUUGGGAAGUCUGGGUUUUGCCGAGAAGGUGUUUGCUAUAAUGCCUGAACCAGAUGUCAGCUCUUUUAACGUUAUGAUUGUUGGUUAUGCAAAGAAGGGGUUUUGUUUAGAGGCACUGAAACUGUACUAUAAGAUGGUUGGUGAUGGUAUUGAACCUGAUGAGUACGCAGUGUUGGGUCUUCUAGUUUGUUCUGGUCAGUUAUCAGAUACUAGGCUUGGGAAGGGAGUUCAUGGUUGGAUUGAGAGGAGGAGACCUGGUCAUUCAUCUAAUUUGAUUCUGAGCAAUGCUCUUUUAGACAUGUACUUCAAAUGCAAAGAUUCUGGUCUUGCUAAGAGAGCUUUUGAUGCGAUGAAGAAGAAAGACAUGUGUUCUUGGAACACCAUGGUCGCUGGGUUUGUUAGGCUUGGAGACAUGGAAGCUGCUCAGGCUUUUUUUGAUCAGAUGCCCAAAAGGGAUCUUGUUUCUUGGAAUUCUCUGCUUUUUGGUUACUCGAAGAAGGGAUGUGACCAAAGCGCCGUUAGAGAGUUGUUCUAUGAAAUGUUGAUAACAGAGAAGAUCAAACCAGACCGCGUCACUAUGGUUAGUUUGAUAAGUGGUGCAGCAAACAAUGGAGAUCUGAGCCAUGGAAGAUGGGUGCAUGGAUUAGUGAUCCGUCUGCAACUGAAAGGUGAUGCCUUUCUGAGUUCGGCUCUGAUAGAUAUGUACUGCAAAUGUGGUAUCAUUGAGCGGGCUUUCAUGGUUUUCAAAACAGCUACCGAAAAAGAUGUCACGCUAUGGACAUCAAUGAUUACUGGGUUAGCCUUCCAUGGAAAUGGCCAGCAAGCUCUGCAAUUAUUCGAAAAUAUGCAAGAAGAAGGCGUGAUGCCAAACAAAGUCACUCUGCUCGCUGUCCUAACAGCUUGCAGUCAUAGUGGACUCGUGGAGCAAGGGCUACACGUUUUCAACCACAUGAAGGAGAAAUUCGGCUUUGACCCUGAAACUGAGCAUUACGGAAGCCUUGUGGAUCUGUUGUGUAGGGCAGGGAGAGUAGAAGAAGCGAAAGACAUAAUGCAAACAAAGAUGCCAAUGAGACCAAGUCAGUCAAUGUGGGGAUCAAUCUUAAGCGCUUGCCGGGGAGGUGGAGACAUUGAAACCGCAGAGAUGGCUUUAACAGAAUUGCUUAAGUUGGAACCUGAAAAAGAAGGCGGAUAUGUUUUGUUGUCAAAUAUAUAUGCAACCGCUGGAAGAUGGGGGUAUUCAGACAAGACGAGAGAUGCAAUGGAGAGUCACGGAGUAAAGAAGCCUGCAGGAAUUAGUAGUGUAGUUGGAGUAGGGGGAAUUCAUAGCUUUGUGGCUGCAGAGAAGCAAAACCAUCCAAGAUGGCUGGACAUCAAAGGAAUAUUGCAGCAUCUGCAUGAUGAAAUGAAGUCCAAAUUGGAUCUCUUGGACUUGUUAGUAAAAUAGAUCAAUUAGCCAUCUAAGCAUUUGAGAGAGCAUGCAUAAGCGAGGAUAUUUCUCGACACAAAGUAAAGCAUAAUUUCGCAGUUGAAAGCUCCCAAGAGAACGAACGCUGGUGCUGGUUGGCUUAUAUUGUGUGGAUAAAACAAUCCUCCUCCUUGAAAGAGAUACCGCCUAUUUGGAUCAACCUUAUCAUCAGUCGACAGAUAAUGCCGACAAUAUCCGUAUAGAAGUUCUGGAUUUGAAGAUGAAGUGAGCAAGUGGUAAACUCCUGGGUACACUCAAGAGUUUUAGUACCUUUUCAUGUAGAGUACUAUAGAGAGCACAUGUUUAGCCGUCAAAUGUGGUGAUAACUGAUAUAUCCUCAUCUAGAAUUUGAUAUAAGAUUCAUGCUAAGACGGAAACCGAGGGAAUAACCUGAUGCUGUGACAUAGUUUUGAUCCUAGGAGAACCACUUUGUUCCAUGGUGAUUUGGAAAAGGUUGAAUGAACCUUUGAGUUUCGUUGGCCUUGAAGCAAGCAUGUUUUGGUUCAUAGAGCUUGAUUUGACUCAGUCCAGAGUUAAGACAUCCAAGCAUAACCGUAUAUCACCUGCAUAUCCGGAACAUCAUCCGCCUUCAGAAUCCUGCAUUGCAUUGGGGGAUGGCAACAAAUGCAGAACUUUGUCUGACAUCAUUGGUAUAUUUUGAACUUAAAUUUAGUUCAAAGGCUGAUCCGUUUUGAACUGAAGUUGAAUCCAACGACUAAACAAAAGUGGCUCAACAUAAUUUGAUUUUAGACCGCAGCUUUUGUCUCGACUCUCCUAAACAUGUAGUACUAAAACUGGCUUAUGAUCUACAACUAGUACACUACUCUUUUUGGACAAAUCAUGCUUUUAUAACAGAUUUGGAAACUCUUUUAACUGUCUAAAUUUGAUUAUAACUGUAAAAAUCCUAAAAGCAGUACAAAAUUAACUGUCAAUGUGAAUUUUUUCUGAACUUCAAGAUUUUAUUAUUUCUGAUCCUGCCAAAUUAGUCAUUUCUCAAAUUUUCUGGACUCUCACAUGUCUUUGACUGGUAACAACUUGAGGCAAAACCUCUUUAUACUGGAAAAAUUCAAAGGCUACAACACGUUUCUAAGUCCCCAACGGAAAAAAAAAA